CUUUGUCGCUAUGGAUAUAGUGGUCUGGAUGAAAUGAAAGCAGUGGUGAGCAGAGUACAAAAAGUUGGUGUACCACUUGAUGUCGUAUAUGCGGAUAUCGAUUAUAUGGAACGAUACACCGAUUUCACCGUUGGAAAAGAAAAAUGGAGUGGAUUUGGGAAUUACACGCGACAACUUCACAAAGACGGUUUACACGUAUUUCUGAUCUUCGAUCCGGCUAUACAAGUCACCUCCAACUACACGCCAAUCGUGGACGCCUUGAAUAUGGGUGCAGGCUUUAUUGAAUGGGAAACAGUGGACCAAGAAAAUCCAGAUGUGCAAAAGCUGUAUCCAUUAGUGCAGAACACAACGAUACCUUUUGAUGGCAUUUGGAUUGACAUGAAUGAGCCAGCAGCAUUUGGCACGAACGAGCGAAACCCGUGGUACUUCAAUCAAACUGGUCGACCGAUGAACGUGGCGCCGUUAUGGUGCGAUUUGAAGAAUGAGUGGGAAAAUGUGCCAUAUAAGACUGUGAAUGUGUAUAACUGGGGAUGGGACGCGGUAUAUUUGUUUCACUUCUUGACUUUCAAUAAAUCUUUGUAA